CCUGGAAGGAGCAGUGGAACCCUGGGAGUGAAUGAUGAGGGGGCUGGCCUCUCUGCAGGCAGUCCACCUCCUCCUCACCUGUUGGCAGACGAGAGAGUCAGGGAAGAGUUAGGGAUGUGACAGCGCCAAGACCUCUACGCCACGAUGGUCUGCUUAACCCAGGCCUGCCAGAGUCAUGGGCCCGUCAUGCUAAAUAGUGAUCCCCCUCUACGCCACAAUGGUCUGCUUAACCCAGGCCUGCCAGAGUCAUGGGUCCGUCAUGCUAAAUAGUGAUCCCCCUCUACGCCACAAUGGUCUGCUUAACCCAGGCCUGCCAGAGUCAUGGGUCCGUCAUGCUAAAUAGUGAUCCCCCUCUGCGCCACGAUGGCCUGCUUAACCCAGGCCUGCCAGAGUCAUGGGCCCGUCAUGCUAAAUAGUGAUCCCCCUCUACGCCACAAUGGUCUGCUUAACCCAGGCCUGCCAGAGUCAUGGGCCCGUCAUGCUAAAUAGUGAUCCCCCUCUAAUCAUGUAAGAACAGGAGUGGUGAUCUAGGAUCUGUUUUCCCCUUUAGUUCAUAAUGAAUGAGAUUAUAUGGACAGCGUGGGACCUGAUCCUAGAUCAUAAUGAAUGAGAUUAUAUGGACAGCGUGGGACCUGAUCCUAGUUCAUAAUGAAUGCGAUUAUAUGGACAGCGUGGGACCUGAUCCUAGAUCAUAAUGAAUGAGAUUAUAUGGACAGCGUGGGACCUGAUCCUAGAUCAUAAUGAAUGAGAUUAUAUGGACAGCGUGGGACCUGAUCCUAGAUCAUAAUGGAUGAGAUUAUAUGGACAGCGUGGGACCUGAUCCUAGUUCAUAAUGAAUGCGAUUAUAUGGACAGCGUGGGACCUGAUCCUAGAUCAUAAUGAAUGAGAUUAUAUGGACAGCGUGGGACCUGAUCCUAGAUCAUAAUGGAUGAGAUUAUAUGGACAGCGUGGGACCUGAUCCUAGAUCAUAAUGAAUGAGAUUAUAUGGACAGCGUGGGACCUGAUCCUAGAUCAUAAUGGAUGAGAUUAUAUGGACAGCGUGGGACCUGAUCCUAGAUCAUAAUGAAUGAGAUUAUAUGGACAGCGUGGGACCUGAUCCUAGAUCAUAAUGAAUGAGAUUAUAUGGACAGCGUGGGACUUGAUCCUAGAUCAUAAUGAAUGAGAUUAUAUUGACAGCGUGGGACCUGAUCCUAGAUCAUAAUGAGUGAGAUUAUAUGGACAGCGUGGGACCUGAUCCUAGAUCAUAAUGAAUGAGAUUAUAUGGACAGUGUGGGACCUGAUCCUAGAUCAUAAUGAGAUUAUAUGGACAGCGUGGGACCUGAUCCUAGAUCAUAAUGAAUGAUAUUAUAUUGACAGCUGAUCCUAGUUCAGCUCUCCUACAUACAUCCCAUGGUCUGGGAACAGUUUCACAAGGACUGAGAAUAAAUAAAUAAAAAUUAAUAAUAAUAAUAAUAAUAAUAAAUAUUUUUCAGGUUUGAUUGGUGUUCAUUUUGAUUUUGAUGUGACAAGAAUCUGAGAAACUUCUGAUGCACUUUUCAUAUUCUUUGUUGUUAAUUUAAUAGAGUGUAUAGUGUGUAGUGUAUAGUGUAUAGUGUGUAGUGUGUAGUGUAUAGUGUGUAGUGUGUAGAAGCCUAGUAGCAUACUGUAGUAGCCUAGUAGCCUAUAGUAGCCUAGUAGUCUACUGUCAUAGCCUGGUAGUCUAGUAGCCUAUAGUAGCCUAGUAGUCUACUGUAGUAAGCCUGGUAGCCUAGUAGCCUAUAGUAGCCUAGUAGUCUACUGUAGUAGCCUAGUAGCCUAUACUAGCCUAGUAGUCUACUGUAGUAGCCUGGUAGCCUAGUAGCCUAUAGUAGCCUAGUAGUCUACUGUAGUAGGCUGGUAGCUUAUAGUAGCCUAGUGGUCUACUGUAGUAGCCUGGUAGCCCAGUAGCCUAGUAGUCUACUGUAGUAGCCUGGUAGCCUAGUAGCCUAGUAGUCUACUGUAGUAGCCUGGUAGCCUAGUAGUCUACUGUAGUAGCCUGGUAGCCUAGUAGUCUACUGUAGUAGCCUGGUAGCCUAGUAGUCUACUGUAGUAGCCUGGUAGCCUAGUAGUCAACUGUAGUAGCCUGGUAGCCUAGUAGCCUAGUAGUCUACUGUAGUAGCCUGGUAGCCUAGUAGUCUACUGUAGUAGCCUAGUAGUCUACUGUAGUAGCCUGGUAGCCUAGUAGCCUAUAGUAGCCUAGUAGUCUACUGUAGUAGCCUGGUAGCCUAGUAGUCUACUGUAGUAACCUGGUAGCCUAGUAGCCUAGUAGUCUACUGUAGUAGCCUGGUAGCCUAGUAGCCUAGUAGUCUACUGUAGUAGUAGUAGUCUACUGUAGUAGCCUAGUAGCCUCAUAGCCUAGUGGUCUACUGUAGUAGCCUGGUAGCCUAUAGUAGCCUAGUAAUCUACUGUAGUAGCCUGGUAGCCCAGUAGCCUAGUAGUCUACUGUAGUAGCCUGGUAGCCUAGUAGUCUACUGUAGUAGCCUGGUAGCCCAGUAGCCUUGAGCAGGACUAUAUGAUGACUUAUUCAUAACAAAAAACGAUAUAAUAAUAUAUAUAUAAGAAGAUGUGAUAAUGGAGUCUGCUACUUUUGACCAGGUCCAUAGCAAAUAUAAUGGUUAUUAGACACAGAAAUGAGGCUGCUUUAUCCAUCUCAUAUCAAACAACAACACGCAACCAAACUGCAUAUUCAACACACAUACUCACAAACAAACACUCACACUCUCACACACUCUCCUCCUCUCCCCUCUCUCUUUUCUCAUGUCCUUCCUUUCCCCUGCUCCUUGUGUCCUCCCUUCCUCCCUUCCUCCUCUCUCUUUUCUCAUGUCCUUCCUUUCCCCUGCUCCUUGUGUCCUCCUUCCUCCCUUCCUCCUCUCUCUUUUCUCAUGUCCUUCCUUUCCCCUGCUCCUUGUGUCCUCCCUUCCUCCCUUCCUCCUCUCUCUUUUCUCAUGUCCUUCCUUUCCCCUGCUCCUUGUGUCCUCCCUUCCUCCUCUCUCUUUUCUCAUGUCCUUCCUUUCCCCUGCUCCUUGUGUCCUCCCUUCCUCCCUUCCUCCUCUCUCUUUUCUCAUGUCCUUCCUUUCCCCUGCUCAUUGUGUCCUCCCUUCCUCCUCUCUCUUUUCUCGUGUCCUUCCCCUGCUCCUUGUGUCCUCCCUUCCUCCCUUCCUCCUCUCUCUUUUCUCGUGUCCUUUCCCCUGCUCCUUGUGUCCUCCCUUCCUCCAUUCAUCCUCUCUCUUUUCUCGUGUCCUUCCUUUCCCCUGCUCCUUGUGUCCUCCCUUCCUCCCUUCCUCCUCUCUCUUUUCUCAUGUCCUUCCUUUCCCCUGCUCCUUGUGUCCUCCUUUCCUCCUCUCCCCUCUCUCUCCCUCAUGCUCUGUCUUUCCAAGCACUGUUACUAGCUGAAGAUGUCCCAAAGUUGUUGUCAGAGGAAGAGGAAGCUAGGCGGAUUGCAGAGAUGGCGAAACCAGUGCUGGGGGAACACUCCAAAAUGGAGGUCAUCAUCGAGGAGUCCUAUGAGUUCAAGAACACGGUGGACAAGCUGAUCAAGAAGACGAAUUUGGCGCUGGUGGUAGGCACCAACUCCUGGAGACAACAGUUCAUGGAGGCCAUCACAGUCAGCGCAGGAGACGAGGAUGAGGAAGACUCCGGUGAAGAGCGUCUCCCGUCUUGUUUUGACUACGUCAUGCACUUCCUCACCGUCUUCUGGAAGGUGCUGUUUGCCUGUGUUCCUCCCACGGACUACCUGAACGGCUGGGCCUGCUUCUUCAUCUCCAUCAUCAUCAUCGGCAUGCUGACCGCAGUGAUAGGAGAUCUGGCCUCUCACUUCGGCUGCACCACCGGGUUGAAGGACUCCGUCACUGCCGUGGUGUUCGUGGCGCUGGGUACGUCUGUCCCUGACACAUUUGCCAGUAAGGUAGCGGCGGUGCAGGACACAUAUGCAGAUGCUUCCAUCGGUAACGUGACGGGCAGCAACGCGAUCAACGUGUUCCUGGGCAUUGGGGUGGCGUGGUCGAUAGCCGCCAUCUACUGGCACAUGCAGGGCAAGCAGUUUGUGGUGGAGGCCGGCUCCCUGGCCUUCUCCGUCACCCUCUACACCAUCUUCGCCUUCCUUGGGGUCUCCGUGCUGCUGUACCGCCGCCGGGCCCACAUCGGGGGGGAGCUGGGCGGGCCGCGCGGACACAGACUGGCCACCUCAGCCUUCUUCUUCAGUCUCUGGUUCCUCUACAUCCUCUUCUCCAGCAUGGAGGCCUACUGUCAUAUAGAGGGUUUCUAGAACCUCCCGGAACACUUCUGUAACACUUCUAGAACACCUCUGGAACACUUCUAGAACACUUCUGAGACAAUUCUAGAAUACUUCUGGGACAAUUCUAGAAUACUUCUGGGACACUUCUAGAAUACUUCUGAGACACUUCUAGAAUACUUCUGGGACACUUCUAGAAGAGUUCUGGGACACUUCUAGAGCAUCCUUACAGGAGGUUCAAAGUAUAACUUAAUGGAGAGUAAAAAUAGGAUUCUCAGUGUGGAAUGAUGUAAUGAUGGAAAUAUAUUUUGUUGGUAUGAAGGGAUGAGAGGAGGAGAACAAUAUGAGGUAAAGGGGAGUUGGUGGUGGCCCCCUCUCCUCUGCCGCUCCACCCUCCCUCAACCCCACUCUAAGGACCCCCAGACAUAAUCAGUCCAUCUCCUCUGAAGGAGAUGUCUGUUAAGGCAGGGAGAGCUUACAGCUGGGGCUGGGGUACCUCCAUACCGGAGUAAGAACACCAGAGGGUGUCUGGUCUCAACUGGUCUGGUCUGGUCUCAUCUGGUCUCAUCUGGUCUGGUCUGUAUUCCACUAGAAGAGACAAUAAGCCGGUGAGAUCUGAGCUAUCAGAAGAAGUCUAUAUUUUUCUCAACACCUUGAUGAGAACAACUUUUUCUAAACUAAGUAUUUUGGGGGAUAAAACCAAAACACUUUUGUUUGUUUUUUACCAAAAAAAAGAGGAAAUCAAAGAUACUAUUUUCAGAUCUUACAUUAUGGAGAACAAAACAUGGUAUAUAACUAAUGGAAAAUAUAUUGUUGAUGAUGAGUGACAAUUGAAUGGACUCAUAGUAUUUAUUAGUAUUUUAUUUGCUUAGUUUCUUAUUAAAAGGAACGAACGCAGCAGCAGAGGAACAACAGAGAACAAGAUCAACUAUCGAACUAAAGACAGGAGGAG